AUGAAGAGGAGGGCCCUUGCCCUCACGCUGCUGGCGGCCCUCAGCCUGGGCAACACGAAGGCCACCAUGCCCGUUUCCGCACCAAACGAGCUCGCCAAACGGUCCCCCGUGGCCGUCGACAAGGGCGAAAACACAGAAAUGUGGUGGGAGCUCGAGACGCGGCACUACGAGAAGACCAACAUGACGCUCCAUCUCGCCCGCGCGCUCAACAGGAUGCACGCCGCGCCCAACUGGUCCCAUCACGACACAUCCAGCGCCGGCCUCACCAGCCUCGAGUUCUGCGCAUACAUCCGCGGCCUGGCCUGGAUGCUGUCCAUGUCCACCGAGGACAUUGACGCCCUGCCCCGCGAGGACCCAAACGUUGUUCUCAACAAAGUCCCCCUGCAAAAAGGAAGCCUGGUACGCCUCCUCCGCACCAUGACGCUCCUAGAAAAGUUCCUCUCCAUCCUCGAGGUCCAGCUGUGGGAGACGUCGGCCCCCGGGCCACAAGCCCAGAUGCGAAUAGCCCACUGCUACACAGACUACGCCGUCCAGACGCGGCAGUGGCUCGGCAGCCUCCAAGACCAAGCAGGCCGCUUUGAUCCCUCCAGCGCCGCGAGAUGCCUCGUCUCCUCCCGCCUCAACCUCCUCUACAGACAGCACUCGACUGACCGCGCUUUCGGCCCCCAGGACGUCGCCAUGAGACUCUACGCCCGCGAGUCCUUCCAGGCCCCCAUGUACCGCGCCCAGGAGCUGCUCACCGAAAGGUUCGCCAAGUCCCCCCCCGCGUGGUGGAAUCCCGCCCUUGACGUCCCCGAGCCAGGCGAGCCGCUCAGGCGCUACCUGCUGCGCCAGGAAACAGUCUUCAAGCCUCGCAUGAAGCACGCGCGGUUCGAAGAGGCCGUCCGCGCCUGGGGGUGUGCCUCGCCCAACGAUUCCCGCGGCGUCUUCGACCUGCGCGCCAUGCGGACGGAGAGGAGGCUGGCCGACAGGGUGACGCUCUGGCACGACUUGUCGCACGACAGUAAAAUACGCCAGUUUUACAGCGAGAUAGAGCACGGCACCGUGGCGAACUACGCCGAUGACUUGGAGAAAAUGUCCCGCCGUCGGGGCCAUGGCGCGGAAUGA